AUGGACGAUGGUUGUGAUGUUGGCGGCGGCCGAGACACUCUGCCUGCUAUAAAGAUCGACGGCGGUGGUAGUGGUGGUCAAGAUUCUUUGCAGGCAGUAGUGCGCGAACAUGGUGGUGGCCAAGAAUCUUUGCAGACGGUAAUGGAAAUUGGUGGUGGCGGUGGUGAUAAUUUGCCUGAAAAAAUAACUCACCCUUUUGAUGAAAAACAUGUUUUAACCCUUCUAUCGGAGCCGGCUUACGGAGAAGGCCGAUUCCAAUGUGAUGCAUGUUCGGAAAGAGGAAAGGGCUACUCCUACCAUUGUCAACCUUGCGGCAUUGAUUUGCAUGUACAUUGCGCCAUGUUACCGUUAUCCGUCACGCAUGGCUCACACGUGCACAAGCUCAACCUUACUUUUGAGUCACCUUAUCCUGAGAAGAAGUUUUCCUGUGAUAUAUGCACGAGCAUUGGUUCGUGUCAAUGGCUUUAUACGUGCAAAUCUUGUGGAUUUGAUGCCCAUGUGAAAUGUGCCACCACCGAAGAUGAUGCUUCACCCGCCCACACCGCGUCAAAGUCUAUAGAGCCGAUGAAGUGGCGACAAGAGACCUCGGUGGCCCCUAUAACAAAAAUGGGUUUUCCGGAGGCCCAAGUAUCGGUUAAUGUGCCUCGUUUUGGGGUCGGCAGACAAAACAGUGGAUUAACGACAAUUCAGCAAAUGAAAAUCAACGACAAUAGAGCAAAUACAACAAUGGCUCAGGGAUUGAUGGGAUUGGUUAGAAUAUCUAACAGUGUCAUCGGUGGUGAUGGCGGUUAUCAACAAUCAUUAAUUGGAGAUGGAAAUGGUAUUAAUUUUCUUGCAGGCUUAUUUGAAGGAUGACUUCUCACUGUCCAUGAAUCUUGAAGGAUUGACCGUUCAUGUGCU